CCAAGAGACACUGUUCUGGUCUUUCUCUCGAAAAAGGCCUCCGUUUUUCCCAUCAAAACAGUACAAGACAUCGAGAAAAUGGACACAAACAUCACCCGGAAUCUCUCCUGGACAUUAGCGCCAAAGUUGUGGCCCUAAAUAUUCCUUUUCAGCAAGUAGAAGAGAGAUUUUCGCGCAUUCCGGAGCCGGUGCAAAUGCGGAUUGUGUUCUGGUCAUUUCCUCGCAAUGAGAAGGAUAUUUGUAUGUACUCUUCGCUUCACCAUUCCACGGUUAGUGAAAGCGAAUAUCAAAAGUUGCCUUUUCAACGAGGAGUGAGAUUACUGGACAACAAUGCAGUGGACCAUGUACUUCAAGUUGGAUUCCAUUUAAGUGGGACAGUUACGGAACCCGGUAACCAACUCUACAAUGAACCCGAGCAAGUGCAUCGAGUCUCGAUCAGCUUUGACCGUUGUAAGAUCACCGCUGUCACCUGUACCUGCGGCAACAGAGAUAUAUUCUGGUGUCAACAUGUGGUGGCGCUUUCCCUUUACCGCAUUCGCAAAGCGGGUAGUGUGCAAUUGCGACUGCCAAUCUCAGAAACUUUACUCCAAAUGGACAGGGAACAGUUACAGAAGUUUGCCCAGUAUUUGAUAACCGCCCACCAUACUAAUGUCUUGCCAACUGCUCAACAGCUCGCGGAUGAGAUUUUGCAAUCUAAAUCCAGGAUCAACCAACUACCAGGUGCACCUGACCCAACGGCAGGUGCAAGCAUCGAUGAUGAUAGCUGUUGGCAUCUCGAUACGGAGCAAGUCCAGGAGCAAGUUAAGUUGUACCUCCAACAAGGUGGAUACUACGAUUCAGAGAAACAACUCAACUCACUAUUUGCCAAGGUACGGGAAAUGCUGCGAGUACGAGAUUCUAAUGGUGCUAGGAUGUUAACGUUAAUCACAGAACAAUUUAUGGUGGAUCCACGGUUACAGCUUUGGAAACAGCAAGGGACACCGAUGACAGAUAAACCAAGACAACUCUGGGAUCAAUUGGGUCUGCUCUGGAUGGUCGUGGUGAUGAAUCCUGGCUACUCCCAGAGGGAGAAGAUGACAUGGAAGGAACAGCUGGUACAGUGGGGAUCCAAUGACCUUUGCCCCCUGGAAGACGCUGAUGCAAGAAACAAUUUGACCAAUCCCUCUCUUGUUGGUGUGCUGAACAACCCACCAGCUGCUGCAGAUGCAGACAGGCCUCGGACGAUCUUCACUCGAGCCAUUGAAGCCUGCGACUUACAGUGGCUCGACAAUCAUCUACAAGGCAUCCUCAAUAAUAAAUUAUAUCACAGUAGUAUACACCACUCCGAUGCAGAGGUCGGCGGAUUGGACUCCGACGGGCAUCAGCUAUGGUCCGAACAUCUACCGACAGCCUGUGCCAGAGUAGAUGCAUUAAGAUCCCAUGGCUACCCAAGGAAAGCCCUACGAUUAGCUGUCAGUAUCGUCAGGAAUCUUAAGAAAUAUCAACGAGACAGCCUAAAGCAACUCAAACCAAGCAGGAAGGGUAAGCAUCGGAAGGCUUCCUCCCAGAAUGCAUCAUCAAUGAACGAGACAUCUCAUAAUAACGCACGGAGCUCGGCCGAGGCUUGGGUCGGUCAUCCCUUGGACCCGAUCGGUUGUUUGAUGGAUACGUUACUCGACGCGUCCUUGACCAUCGACGGGAGUCCAUCAAGUUCAGAUGCAAGUAAUGCAGACAUUCCAGGGAGCAGUUCCACACUACGCCAGUAUCGACACGUCGCAAUACCUGGGUCCCACAACCAACAAGAAACGUAUCUCACCUUAGCGUACGAGGUGGUUCUGAUUGGCUUAGGCCAGCAGCGGAUUAUGCCGAUGGGUCUCUACGCUCAGGAUAAAGCGUGUCACGCCGAAGAGGAGUUAAUCGCCAGACAUCGAGAGAUUGCAAUGGAUCCUAUGUUGGUGGCUGUACUACAACGACAAGCAUCAACGCUCAUGGAAGGAGGAUUGUCGAGUGGUCUUGGUUACCACGUGCCACCAGAGAGUGUUCCAAUGCACACGUUUGGCCGUUACUUGUUCCAGACCUUACUGCCUUACGAUGAGGAUCUGGCGUACAAAGUGGGGCUCCGGGCCAUGAGACUGCCAAUUCUAGAGGAGGUAUCCACAAACCCUAGUAGUGCUGCCAAUAGUGUGUUAAUGGGACGAUACCCACGCUGGUUUGUACUGGGUCAUAUCGAAUCGCAACAAUGUGAGCUAGCCGGCUGUAUGAUGACAGCUGCCAAAGAUGACGUACGUCGCCUAAGGACAGUUUUAGAAGCUGCCCAGCAUCAUAUCCAUAGUGCCUCACAGCUCUUCAAGCUAGCACAAGAAGCAUUCAAAGUAGCGACUCCAGUGGACGGCCUCACUCAUUACACUCUCCUCAAGGCCACAUUUGACUUAGGACUUCACAUCAUGAGAAUGACAUUGUCCAACAUGAACUGGCGCAGACGGGAAAUGGUCCGCUGGAUGGUCACAUGCGCGACCGAAAUUGGCGUGAGCGCCCUCGUAACAAUCAUGCAAUCGUGGUAUUCGUUGUUCUCGCCGACAGAGGCGACGACGAUGGUCGCCACGACGGUGAUGUCGCCCAACACAGCACUACGGUUGAAUUUGAACUUGACACAGCAAGAGGAGUUGGCCCGCUGUGCCCGCAGCGUCGCCCUACAGUGUGCUACUAAAGAUCCACCAUCAUGUGCAUUAUGUGCAUUGACACUAUGUGAGAAGAACCCCGUGGCGUUCAAAGCCGCGUAUCAGAUCGUCGUUGAUGCGGCGUCGGGGCCCAUGAACUCCUCGCAACUGUUUACUAUCGCCAGAUAUAUGGAGCAUCGGGGGUAUGCUAGUCACGCGUAUAACCUGGCUGUGUUAGCCAUGAGGAACUUAACGUUAGGGUACAAUCAAGACACCCAUCCUGCAAUCAAUGAUGUGUACUGGGCAUGCGCAUUGAGUCACUCGUUGGGUCGAGAGCAACUGAGUAGUAUGAUCCCUCUAGUGGUGAAGAGUGUGCAAUGUGCGUCCGUCCUCGCUGAUGUCCUACACAGGUGUACGUUAACCGCUCCAGGUGUUGGGUGUUUACCUGAUGGGAAACGGCGCUGCAUCAAGCUGUUACCGUACGACAAAGACCCAAUGCGUCAACUCCUAGAUGCUGCCAUUGCUGCUUACAUUAACACAGCUCACUCAAGACUGACUCAUAUUAGUCCCAGGCAUUACGGAGACUUCAUCGAGUUUCUUAGUAAAGCUCGAGAGACAUUCCUCCUGGCUCCGGACGGCCACAUACGAUUCGCAAAACUCAUCGAGGAUCUUAAAGUCAUGUAUCGAGGCAAGAAGAAACUCAUGCAUCUUGUACGGGAACGUUUCGGAUGAUGAUCCUGAUGCUGCUGCCACUGAGGACAAUCUUUCGUUGUGUGGAUUUAAACCUGCCUAUUGAUUGGUCACUUUUAUGAACUGAUCAUUUUUCUUAAGAAAAACAAAAUAUACCCAAAGUUGUGGUCACAUUAAACGGCUUUGUGUAUUGACGCAUUUCCUUAUACAGCACCCUCUCCAUGCCUAAGUGUGGGCAAUCUCAUCCGCUCCCCGCAAGCGUUGAGCGGCAUGCGUGGACUUUUACAGUGCAAUGUUUUCCUAGUAUUUUUUGUCAUGGUUGUGGUGUUCUGUGGGAUGGAGUAUCUACGUCCUUACGCAACAAAAUACCAUUACAGUAUUGUAGAUAUAUUACGGUUGAGAAAUAUCCGUGAAAAAGAAGAAAAUUAGAAAAAGAGAAAAAAGUUUAGAUUGAGAGUGAACGAAUUUGUCAAAGAGUUUAACUAAAACCAAUCAUAUUAUGUUUAUGAUUUAUAACAACCCCCCACCAAAUAAGUUAGGGUUGAAAUUUGUGUUAUUAUUAUUUAUUAUUUUGCCUGAAGAAAUAUUCAGCGGAAAUCCUUUCAGACUGAGAUGAGAACUGCAAAGUUUUACUCGGGUAGAUUUCAGUCGCAAUCUCUUUAAAAAAUAUUUUGCCAAAGAAUACUCAAAGGGUGUUUCACCAGUAGGCUAAUUGGGAACACACCUUUUCUCCUCUGGGUCCAAGUCUGGGUCGCUAAACCCCAAGCUAUGACCAACCGACUCAACGCCAAUCAGACUAAAAGAUUGCUCCUAAGGUGACGCCAGAUCUAAUAGCAUCGGCUUUCCUGACUCCAAAGAAUGGGACAUUAUCUGAUAUCCACUUCACUUCCUCCACAAAACUCUGGACAGCGGAUUCUUUAUUAGCGCUGAUUAUUUACAGUAGGAACCAUUUAAGUCGGUUCCCGUGUCACGUACUGAUACACAGGGGACAAGCUCUGAGGGCUCGUUGUGUUCAUGUCAAUGGUAUGGACAAGGUUCGCCAUUCAGGGUGACAUGUCGGUGGAAGGCGCCCUACUUCUCAAAAUGUGCUCCACCAUUUAGGGUGAUUGGUUGUAUUAAGGUGCCCACUUGAUGUACUGGGGUAAUAGUAUUGCGUAUAUCAAACUAUGGUUAUUAACUGAAGCCCCUUAAGAUGUCAUCUUUUGUAGAUUUCACUAUCUUUAAUUCUGCAUCAUGUUUUAUGUAUACCAAAGCGCCCUCUAUUGUUUAACAGGGAGCCUAGAGUGACUCCGUGUAUAGUCACCUAGACUGAUAGUCAUCAUGACUUGUCGUCAAGGUUGCGGUAACGCCAGGAAAUCUGGCGAGGUACCAGUUUGAGAGAGAGUCAGGAACUUCAGAUGGUUCUUUCUCUCCACUUCACUCAACAUUUAAAUCGAGACUUUAGCUUUGGAUGUUGUAACAAAAGCUUGGCUGUAUGUGUCACGGUUACCAUCAUCGAGGGAAAGGUCACCGAUGAUUGAUGGACCGAGAGUCACUGCAGGAAAGGAACACGUACCAAUAAUAAAUGCAGACCAAAAGUCUAGCUGUUUCUGAAGUCUCUCUUCUCAAAACAAAAAUGAUCCUUUGUUCGCUUUUCUUAUGGCUUCUUGUUAAACUCUAUAAAUAAAUGUGAAGUUGAAAUCUUAACAGGCAUGAUUUUCUUCCUACUUAUGUCUGAUUUUCGAUUUGUUUCGCCCUUGAAAAAAAAUCUGGAAACAAAACCUGUGAUUCAAUAAUUUUAGACGUGUUUCAAGCCUACACCAUGUUUAUAUGUCUGCGUUCUCCCUGAAAAGUGGUCUGCUGGCCAAAUGCCAGUUAAAAUACUUGAGGACCAGACAAAAUUCACUCGUAAGGGGUCCGGCUGGUAAGUUCAGUGUUGAAAAGAAUCCUUGUUUCAGUUGAAAUAUGGACUGGGGAAAAAAAGCUGGCGGACGAGUAAAAUGACAAGCUUAGUGGUCCUGUUGACUAUAGUCACUGAAAACAGUUAAGGGGCAAACACUGAAUGUAGGUCGGCCCUUGUACUACUUUCCUACUUAGUUUCAAAGGACUAAAUGUCAUGCCUGCUAAGCUAUUUUUUUUUUUUUUUUUCAGAACCAUUUGUUUAUAAACAGCCAUAUAUGUACCUCAUUAAAUAUUCCAGCCCCCCAGCACUAAGUGGUUAGCAAUUUAUUCUAAAAUGGCUCGAGUCCAUGGAUGAACAACUCCUUUUUUGAAUUGAAAUUCUUCAGUUUAAAAAUCUUUUCCACAACAGGUCUGAAUCACCUCAAACUGCAUGACAAAGUUGAAACUAUGAACAAUUAAACGAAAAAAGGGGUAUUGAGCUUCGAAACUUACCCAACUUGAUGGAAUGUACUACUUCACAGAUGAAUUUAAAAUCACGAUAAAGAACUACCGUAUUUAUUUAUUUGUUUUCCUUUUAUCGUCAAGCGAAGAAUGUUUCUUUAUGACUUCUGUAAUAAGUCGGUUUCUUGUUGUCAUAGAAACCGAUGUAAAGUGGCCAAAAAGAAGAGACUUUUAUUGGACAAUUUGACCACCAUGGACAGGUGGCCACAAUUUACAGGUUGACAUGUAUGUUAUAGAUAUGUAUUUUGUCAGGACCCACAAUGACUGGCCACAGUACACAGGCAGCCAUCAGGGAGCUUUGAUUGGCUGUAGAGACCAUGCAAGUCUCGCACGUGCAUUUUUGGUCCCACGCACAUUAGACUUUUUGAGAUAAAGCGGACUCUUUAGGAGUGCACUGUUUGGUUUUGGUUUAUUGACCCCUUGCACACGCGUCACGCGCGGCGACUGAUGCC